UGCAAACAUGCGUACCUAGCAAGCAAUCAUGUAUUCUUGCCUGAAGGUUGAUGGUUAGCUAGCUUACUUGUGACCCUUGGUUUUCACCGACUGGGCUUGAAGGAAGGAAUCACAGCUGCGAAAACGAUGGUUAUGUGAGAGUAUGUAGUCAGCAAUAGCUAGUGUUAUUCUAAUCAACGGAUUUAAGUAGGUUUAAGUCCAAGUUAAUAAAUGAAAGCAAAUUUAAUUUGCUACAUAAUUUUUAUCAUAAGUAUUGUUUCGAGUAGGUAGUUAGCUAUAACUAGUGCUAUUCGAAUCAAUGGGAGUUAAGUUUAGGUUUAUUUGAAGGUUAGUAAAUGAAAGCAAAUUUUUCUUGCUACAUACUUUUAUAUUAAAUGUUGUUAUUCAUGUUGUUGUGGCUGUUUGCUACUUCUGGUGUGUAUGCAGGCUAGGCAUGUUACAACUCUUCAGUACUACUCAGUCACCACCGGUAGCUAACCUUAGCAGGAAGAAAUUGCCACAGCUUAGCUAGGCUGCUUGCUAGUUAGCUUUUCGAAGCUACAGCUAGCCACUUGUACCUUUUGGGGAAAGCAGUCCUGUCACUGUGGACAGGGAGCGUAUGCAUUUUUUUAUUUAAAAAAAUGUGUACAUGUACGGUUAUCACAAGUGACAGUGGUGAUGUGUCGUGUCAUGGGACAUGAAGAUGUUGCCAAGUCCCGAUGCACAUGUUCUGUAACAGCAUGUAUGAUGAACGAAUGAACUGAAGGUCACCUUCAGCGGAGCUUAACAAUUUAAAGAACAAUGGGGGGGUGGUGUUUGUAUAAGUAGGGUGUUAGGAGAGUGGUUGGCUAUUUGAAUACGUUGAAUAGACUAGUUAGUUAUAUUAACCUUAGACGAAUGCUCCCUUAGCAUGCUAGUCCUAUCGAAGUCAUAAAUAUCACCGUGUGCAUAAGUAUUCGUUUUCAGACUCCCCUCCGUACUUGAACCAGAAUGGUUGUCUAUUCCGCGACCGGGAAGCGGAAGUCCUCUGUGUGGAAAGUCAUGGUGCAUGUACAGCGAUAGAAGGUUAUACUUGUUCUAUAGACUGAAUCCUGUAGGCGCACAGUGCCGACACAACAAUGAUGAACGGCAACGGGGACCAUGACCACAGCGAAGAGGCCGAUUCCAAGCAGGAAGGCAGCGGCGCCGACGCAGACCCUUCUGAUGAUGCCAACGAGCAGGAGGUGAUUGUGAUCCAGGACACGGGCUUCACCGUCAAGAUCCAGGCCCCAGGCACUGAGCCCUUUGACCUCCAGGUAUCUCCUCAGGAGAUGGUACAGGAGAUCCACCAGGUCCUCAUGGACCGGGAGGACACCUGCCACCGCACCUGCUUCUCCUUGCAGCUGGAUGGGAACGUGCUGGACAACUUUGCUGAACUCAAGUCCAUCGAGGGUCUACAGGAAGGCUCUAUACUCAAAGUGGUAGAAGAGCCAUACACAGUGCGUGAAGCGCGCAUACAUGUACGUCACAUCCGAGACCUGCUGAAGAGCAUGGACCCUGCAGAUUCCUACAACGGGGUGGACUGCAACUCCCUCUCCUUUCUUAGUGUGUUCACAGAUGGCGAUCUAGGAGAUAGUGGAAAGAGAAAGAAAAAAGGCAGUGAACUUGAACAGAUCGACUGCACCCCUCCUGAGCACAUUCUACCUGGCAGCAAAGAGCGUCCCCUAGUCCCGCUCCAGCCACAGAACAAAGACUGGAAGCCACUACAGUGCCUGAAGGUUCUCACCAUGAGUGGCUGGAACCCACCACCUGGCAACAGAAAGAUGCACGGAGACCUGAUGUACCUGUAUAUAGUGACUGCGGAGGAGAGACACAUCAGCAUCACUGCGUCCACCCGUGGAUACUACCUCAACCAGUCGACCACCUACUCCUUCAACCCUAAGCCAUCCAACCCCAGCUUCCUGAGCCACUCCCUGGUGGAGCUGCUGAGCCAGAUCAGCCCGGCCUUCAAGAAGAACUUCACAUCCCUCCAGAAGAAGAGGGUUCAGAGACAUCCGUUUGAGAGAAUAGCCACACCUUUCCAGGUGUACAGCUGGACCGCCCCUCAGAUCGACCACGCUAUGGACUGCGUGAGAGCAGAGGAUGCAUACACCUCCCGUUUGGGCUAUGAAGAGCACAUACCUGGACAGACCCGGGACUGGAAUGAAGAGCUUCAGACGACCAGAGAACUUCCCCGCAAGAACCUUCCAGAACGGCUGCUGAGAGAGCGUGCCAUAUUUAAGGUCCACAGUGACUUUGCUGCAGCAGCCACUCGCGGUGCCAUGGCAGUGAUUGACGGCAAUGUCAUGGCCAUCAACCCCGGCGAGGAGACGCGCAUGCAGAUGUUCAUCUGGAACAACAUCUUCUUCAGCCUGGGCUUUGACGUGCGCGACCACUACCGCGAGCUGGGUGGCGACGCGGCGGCCCACGCCGCUCCCACCAACGACCUGAACGGCGUGCGCGCCUACGGGGCUGUUGACGUCGAGGGCCUGUACACUCUGGGCACGGUGGUGGUGGACUACCGCGGAUACCGCGUCACGGCGCAGUCCAUCAUCCCCGGCAUCCUGGAGCGCGAACAGGAGCAGAGCGUCAUCUACGGCUCCAUCGACUUCGGCAAGACCGUAGUGUCGCACCCCAAGUAUCUGGAGCUGCUGGAGAAGACCAGCCGGCCGCUGAAGGUGCAGCAGCACGCCGUGCUCAACGAGAAGGAGGCGCCCGUCGAUCUGUGCUCGUCCGUGGAGUGCAAGGGCAUCAUUGGCAACGAUGGGCGCCACUACAUUCUGGACCUGCUGCGCACUUUCCCACCCGACCUCAACUUCCUGCCCGUGGACGAUGAGGAGAUGCCCCCUGAGUGCCACCGGCUGGGCUAUCCCCGCCAGCACCGCCACCGCCUGGCCUGCCUGCGCCAGGAGCUCAUCGAGGCCUUUGUGGAGCACAGGUACCUCCUCUUCAUGAAGAUGGCAGCCCUGCAGCUCAUGCAGCAGAAAGCCAACAAGGAGAACAAGGCCGCAGCCCUGACUGACCGCAGCAACGCAGAGCCGGAGGCCUCACCCGCAGACGCCUCCCAGACCACCCCAGCCAUCGAGGCCCCCGCACCAGUCACCUCUCCCACCCCCUCAGAACCUGCAGCGACCCCCUCUGAGACCAACCAGACCCCCGAGUCCCAGCCAACAGAAGCAGCAACAACAACAACAACAACAACAACAGAAGCAGCAGCAGAAGUCACAGAGCAGGUUGAGGCUCUGGCCUUGACCACCAACGGCAGCCCUGAGUCCGCAGCCCCAGACCACCAAGGCAGAGAGUGUGAGAGCCCGCUGGAGGGUAAGGAGGCUGAGGAAAAUAUCCCGGGGUUAGCCCAGGCCAAAGAGCUGGCAGAGUCCUUAGCUGCAGAAGAUGGAUCCAGUAUUGACCCCAAAAGCCGCGAGGUCGUCCUCAACGCCUGCAAGGCCGUGGGCUCCAUCAGCGAGACCUCAUUCGAUAUCCGCUUCAACCCAGACAUCUUCUCCCCAGGUGUGCGUUUCCCUGACAGCAGUGCCGAUGCCAUCCAGAAACAGAAGCAGCUGCUGAAGGACGGCGCUGCGUUCCUGGUGUCCUGCCAGAUCCCCUCGCUGGUUAAAGACUGUUUAGACCACAGUGCUCUGCCUACGGAUGGAGCCACACUCACUGAAGCCCUUCACCAGCGUGGCAUUAAUGUCCGGUAUCUCGGCACCGUGCUGGACUUUGUGGACAAGACCCCUGCAAAAACACAACUUGAGUACUUCUGUAGAAUAGGUAUUAGUGAAUUGAUCACCAGAUGUGCAAAACAUAUCUUCAAGACAUACCUCCAGGGUGUGGAACUCUCAGCUCUGUCUGCGGCUGUGAGCCACUUCCUCAACUGCUUCCUGAGCUCCUUCCCUGACGCCGUGGCCCACCUGCCAGUCGACGAGCUGGUGUCCCGCCGGAAGAACCGCAAGCGACGCGGCCGAGUGCCCGGGGGAGGUGACAACACCGCCUGGGCCAGCCUCACGCCCAUGGAGCUGUGGAAGAACAUCGCCACCGAAGCACAAACCUACUACCACUUCACACUUCAGUGUGAGAGUGCGGACCAGGCAGUGGAGAAGUACGGCCUCCAGAAGAUCACGCUGCUACGAGAGAUCUCGGUCAAAACUGGCAUCCAGAUCCUGAUCAAGGAGUACAACUUCGACAGCCGCCACAAGCCGGCCUUCACCGAGGAGGACAUCCUGAACAUCUUCCCCGUGGUCAAGCACGUCAACCCUAAAGCCUCUGAUGCCUUCCACUUCUUCCAGAGCGGACAGGCCAAGGUGCAGCAAGGGUACCUUAAGGAGGGCUGUGAGCUCAUCAAUGAGGCCCUAAACCUCUUCAACAACGUGUACGGGGCCAUGCACGUGGAGAUCUGUGCCUGCCUGCGUCUGUUGGCCCGGCUCAACUACAUCAUGGGGGAUCACCCUGAGGCACUUAACAACCAACAGAAGGCUGUCUUGAUGAGUGAAAGAGUUCUUGGCAUUGAGCAUCCCAACACUAUUCAAGAAUAUAUGCACUUGGCUCUGUACUGCUUCGCCAACGGCCAGCUGUCUACUGCCCUGAAGCUGCUGUACCGCGCACGCUACCUCAUGUUGAUGGUGUGUGGGGAGGAGCAUCCUGAGAUGGCUCUGUUAGAUAGCAAUAUUGGCCUGGUGUUGCAUGGUGUGAUGGAGUAUGACCUGUCUCUGCGUUUCCUGGAGAACGCCUUGGCAAUAAACUCUAAAUACCACGGGCCCCGCUCUCUCAAAGUGGCACUCAGUCACCACCUUGUGGCGCGAGUGUACGAGAGCAAAGCGGAAUUCCGUUCCGCGCUGCAGCACGAGAAAGAGGGCUACACCAUCUACAAGAACCAGGUGGGAGAAGCCCAUGAAAAGACGAAGGAGAGCUCCGAGUAUUUGAAGUACCUUACCCAGCAAGCAGUGGCCCUCCAGAGAACCAUGAACGAGAUCUACAAGAACGGUUCCAACGCCAGUAUCAUGCCACUCAAGUUCACAGCUCCAAGUAUGGCCAGUGUGCUGGAACAGCUGAACAUCAUCAAUGGCAUCAUCUUUAUUCCUCUGAGCCAAAAGGACCUGGAGAACCUGAAGGCCGAGGUUCAGAGGCGGCAGAUGCUGCAGGAGGCCGGCAAGAGUGAGGAGCCGUCGGAGGACACUCCCAUGGAGCUCGACGACAAGCUGCCCGUGGACGAUUAACACCCUGAACGCACCGCACCCCCUCCACUGCCAGGGGCAGCCACGAUGCAACAGCAUCUGCUUGAACUUAUGGACCUGAGAACUAAAGCUGUCUAAUUUAAACCAAGAGAAUGAGAAAUGCGACGGGCAAGGGGCCAGGGCAGUCAGAAUCGUGUUGUCGUUUUUUUUUUUUUUUUGUGCAGUGGGUAGGAGAGAAGGAGCGUAAAACAUGGCAAAACCAGCGUAAAUGUGUGUGCAAUCCAAAGGGCCUGAUGGCGGGCCCUUAAAGGGAGCAGAAAGUCAGUGUCACCCCGUCUCUGUAGCGCCAACAAGGCCGGAAGUGACCACGGACGACCAUGACAUUGUAUACCAGAGCCUUAUCCACUGAUCACACCCCCCUCCGCCCUCCCCAAUUACUGUUUUUGUCUGAGCCCAGGACCACCUCCACCCCUGCUUAUAUCCCUUCCCCUCCAACCAAAAUGACCCCCCCUCCCCCUCCCAGCACCACCACAAGGAGCCACAGAGGGGCCAGGCCAUCCCAGUCAGUCACCGCCGUCACCAGGCCCCUCUGCCCCCACACAACUCAGCCUGGCCUAAAACUCAGGUGAUUUUUACUGUGCACUAGGUGAGACUGAGGAGAAAUCGUCAAAAUUUCGUUGAGAUUUCAAACUGAAGUGGGCUCCAGAAUGUAGACUUUUGUCUUUGCGGUCUUGCAGCAAGGCUGUACCAAUCAAAAACCCUCCUUGUUUGUUUUCUUUUGUUUUGUUUGUUUUCAUGUCCAAAAGUUAGUUGAAAUCCCAAGGCUGCUGUGUUUUUAAAGCAGACACAGCUUCACAGACGCAAGUUCUCAUCCAAUCUUUGAAGAUUGACAACACAUCGGUCUUGAAAAUGAAUGAUCUUUUUGUACAAGUAACCGGGAAGGGAAAGAAGCCAUUUUAGAUCUGUCAUUUAUCAAUUAAUUUAAGACAUGUCCAUUUUAUAGAGAAAUAUACUGUGUGGAGAGAUGUAAAAAAAAUCUAUGUCUAUCAGUUUGGAGAGGUACUUGAUUCAUGUCGAUGGAAAUGCAGGUUUGAGACGUCCAUCUUGAAUUAGAAUUGUAAACUUGAUCUUAGUGUUGUUCAAUAACAUCCGCUUUUUUCCACUAUGAGUGUGUGUGUGUGUGUGUGUGUGUGUGUGUGUCCAUGUGUGAGUGUAAGCAAGUUUGUGUGUGUGUGUGUCUGUGUGCCUGUGGAGGGUUUCACCAAUGACCAGGCAAUGGAAAUUAUGCUACUGCUGCUGCAACAUUUGAUUAUUUCAUUGGGAACUUCCCAAAAGUUUAUUUUUAUACACAUACUAGACACCAUUCGGUGGAUAACAUAAGCUCAUAUCAGAACAAAAUGUUUGUUUGACCCUUGGCUUGAUAUAGCAAAAAGAAAACCUGCUAACAGAGUGACCUUUUAAGAAACCUCCAUUGAUUUGACAGUAUCAGUACUAUCUGUUGUACCAUCCCAGCCCUUUGACUGUUUGGCUAGUUGUAUUGAAGAUUUAGCCAUUCGCCACUUUGACUAGUCCACAGUAAAGAGGCAACAGGCGUCUACUACAUAUUCCUUAGCAGUAUUUAGUGCACUUUCUAAUGCUGUUUUGAACACAUUGAGCACUACCCAGUGGAUUGAGAUGGGCUGCUUUGAUGUUAUAUACCAAAAAAAAGGAAUAGCAGAGGUGUGUUGGCUUGUGUACAUGCACUGUGUUUCGCACUUGGUAAAGUCUCAGUUGUGUUUGCUGUAUGUCCGGUAUGUGAUUGAAGCAAUAGCGAUGCUGGACCUGGCCUACUCGUGCAGAUUUCUGCUGCACCUGGGUGCAGGACCGAAGGAUUACCUGAUCUAUAUUUUCCCUGAAAUAUAAGCAUAUUGAGGAGCAUAGGCUGUCAGACAGAAUGUCCAAGAGAACAGUUACAACAGUAAUUGAUCAUGCCAUGUCUUAUGGUUGGAAAAAUACACGUGGGACUAAUUUAACCAAUGUGAGAUUUGUGCCUAUAUGCAGUCUGCUUUAAAACCAGAGUGGUGUUUUGUUUCUUUCUUUGUUCUUGAAAAGGUAAAAAAAUCUUGGUUUGGAUUUACUGUGUUGAUUUUGUUAUUGCCUCAUCACUCACCCAUCAUAUAUCUAUAUGGAAAAUAAUGUUAUGAAGGGGAACAGAAUCUUUUACCUUCAUCCAGCAACGUUGUUCACGAAUGUCUCCUCUCUUGCAGUAACAUUAGUCACCACAAGGCUGUGCUCAAGAGAUUGUGCUUCCUUGCAAAAUCCAAGGUUACAAAUAAAAGACUUUAAUUAAGAAAAUGAUUUUUAGGAGGGAUUAUAAAACAUACCUCUGCACCAGUAUGUCGACUGUGUUAUUCCUGCCAAGGGCGGGGAAGACGGGGAAAUGGACAUGGUUUCUGACAGGAUUUUUGAGAGGAAAAACAACACUGGUCAUCCAGAAACUGAUCCAUUAAGUCAGACAUGUGACGACUUGGGGAGGUUUUUCAGUGAUUUUUCUUGUCAUUGGUCAUAGAAUUAAGGUGCUUUGAAAAUUAAAUGCAAAUCCUUUGCUGUGUUUAUCAAUUCUAUGUUUUGUUUUGAUUGUGUAGCUGUAUAUUUUUUGAAACAUUAUACAACAACUGCUUGCAUGAAGCUUUCAAAACAUGAUCUCAACAUGUCUUUAGUAGUCUGCUGUAGGCUCCAGGUACCCCGCAGUGGAACUUUAAGUAUCGACACAUUUUAAAUCAACAACAUAGUUGUGUGAUUUAGGCUAUUCCAUUUAGGCCUAGUAUUGAGCAUUUAAAGGUGAUAACCUGUAUUUCAAUUGUGUAAAAACAACAAAAGUGUUGCUGAAUGUUUUGUAUUGUUAAAAAUAUUUUGAAGUAAAACACAAGCACAGGUAGCCUAUAGUGCAGCCUACUGUGGGCAUGCGUGAAGGGUGUUGGUCGCGAGUGGGUCACAGAGUGGAACGCCAAUCAGUUAUGUCAAGAUGUAAUUUUGGGGUUACUGGAUUGGACCGCCGUCCUGUGCAUACUUUCUCUGAUUUCUCUAUUCAUUAUUGAUAUAAGAGACUUAUCGGUCUGCUGUGUGAGUAAAUAUGUACAACAAAACCCGUUGUGAAACAAAUACGCCUACUUAAAAAAGCAACUGGCUUAUUAAAGCCUAAGACAUGUACAUGCAAACCUGAGGGUCUCAGCAUACCGUCUCAAAAUAGUGGCAAUUAUGAACCGUCAGAAGUUUGUCUCAGUGUUUUAUGAAUGAAAUGACGCUGUAGGGCCACACACGGUGCUUGUCCACUUAACUACAGUGUCAGCUGCUGUCGAGUGCACACUGAUAAAACAAUAUUUCUUCUGUGUGUUAAAAAUCAGAAUGAGUCUUUGUUUUGUACGCUACUCAUUUUUUUCUGCCCAUGUAGUGUAUGUCUGCUUUUGUUUCCUUGCUGUGUGGUUAUCUGUCUGUUGCUGUUUACAAAUAACAACCUAAUUAUUUUUGGUCUGAGUAUGCUUUUGUAUUAAAAUGAAUAAAGAAAUUAGCAAGUUG